CCCUAGACUACAACUUACCUGCUGUCCAACGCGACGGACUAGGAUGACACGCGCCUUGCAUGACCGGGCUUAUGGUUAAACGUCGUGUCGGGUGACAGAUGCGGGGCAACGGUAGUCGAGGCGGGGAUUGCGGGGAGAUUUAUAAAGGGAGGAUGGCCGCGCGAGCUGAUGGUUGACUGCACUUUGAGGGCUUUUGUAUCUUGUUUUUUGGGCUGAUGCGGUGUGCCUGUCUCGUAGGAAUUAAUUGAUCUUUUGAUAAUUAAAAUUUAACAAUACUCGAACAAACAUAUAGCAAAACCUUGUACAACUAGACCAUACCCCAAUCUAACCACCCACCAUGUCCCGCAAACACUUCUUCCCCACGCCCGACGGCAUAGUAGUACACAUGCUCUCCUCGCUCGCGCACCGCAACCCCUCCCUCGCCCUCGACACCCCCAACCGCGUCCUCUACAACACCGCGCACCCCGCCUCCCAAGUAUCCAUCAUCAGCGGCGGCGGCUCCGGCCACGAGCCCGCAUGGGCUGGCUUCGUCGGCGACGGCAUGCUGUCCGCCGCCGUAUGCGGUGACAUCUUCGCCAGUCCGAGUACAAAGCAGGUCAUGGCGGGGAUCAAGAGCGUGCCGAGUAACGAGGGUACAAUCCUGUGCAUUACGAAUUACACGGGGGAUAUGCUGCAUUUUGGACUGGCGAGGGAGAAGGCGGCGAGGGAGGGGGGGAAAGUGGAGGUUGUUUGUAUGGCGGAGGAUGUUGCGCUUGGGAGGGAGAAGAGCGGGAAGGUUGGGCGGAGGGGGUUGGCGGGGAAUUUGCUUGUUAUUAAGCUUAUUGGGGCUGCGUCGCAGAAUGGAUGGUCGUUUGAGCGGUGCAGAAAGAUUGGGGAACUGGGGAAUGAGCAGUUGGUUACUAUUGGGACGAGUUUGGACCAUUGCCAUGUUCCGGGGCGAGAGGCUUUCGAAACUGUUGCAGAGGAUGCGUGUGUGCUGGGAAUGGGUAUUCAUAAUGAGCCGGGCCUGCGAACCAUAUCUCCUAUGCCAUCACCCGAAGAGAUUGUAGCAGAAAUGUUGCGUUACCUCCUCGACCCAUCAGACACAGACCGCGCCUUCGUCCCCUUCUCAACCGACGACAAUGUCGUCCUACUAGCCAACAACUUCGGCGGCUUAUCCGGCCUCGAGUUCGACGCCAUGGUAAACGUCACUCUGCAAGUUCUCAAGAAAGACUGGAAAAUCGUGCCCUCGCGCAUCUACGCCGGCAUCAUGGAAGGCUCCCUCAACGGCCAAGGCUUCAGCAUCACACUGGGAAACAUGUCCGGCAUGGCAAAAGCAAUGUCUUUGAAAGACGAUGCCGUAAUCGAACUCCUAGAUGCGCCUACCUCCGCGCCCGCAUGGCCCAAAAACGGCUACCAAGCCUAUGAGACGAGCAAAGAGACCGCAGAUUUGAAAGCCAAAGCGCAAACCUCCGCACAGGAAUCGUCGAGCAAGGAUCCUGGCCCCCCUACCCCCGCAUUCCUCAUCCCAGCACUCCGCUCCGCAUGCGACGCUGCCCUCGCCGCUGAGCAAACAAUCACGCAGUACGACAUGCUAAUGGGAGACGGCGACUGCGGCGAAGCCGUCGCCGGGGUGUGCAAAGCCAUCCUCGCCAACAUCUCCUCCGUGGAACGUAAUCCGCCACCACUCCUCGCGCUCCUAGAAAGCAUCGCCGAGAACGUCGAAGACGUAGGCGGGUCCCUCGGAGCCAUCCUAUCCAUUCUCGCCACAGCCUUCACGAACGCGCUAUCCGCUGCGCUUCUCCCCCCGUCACCCCAACCGCUCGAUAUACAGAUCAUAGCGCGCGCUGCUGCAACCGCGCUGGAGGGCUUGAAGAACUACACUGCGGCUAGGGAGGGGGAUCGCACGGUUAUGGAUGUGUUGAUCCCGUUUGUGACGCGGUUGGGCGAGACGGGGGAGCUUGGCACGGCGGUGGAAGUGGCGCAGCAGAAGGCGCAGGAGACUAGUGAGAUGGUGCCGCGGUUUGGGAGAGCGACGUAUGUUGGGGAGGAGAUGGGAGAGGGGAGGCGGAAGGUGCCUGAUCCGGGGGCGUGGGCGGUGGGGGUUUGGCUUGGAGGGCUGGCCAAGGGGAUGUAG